GAGAGCAGGUGGGUGAGAGAGGCGGUGGCUACUAUUGUAAAAGUAGUAAGAGUGAAUGGAGAACUGGUGAAAUUCAGAGCUGGUGCUUGUGGAUGGUGGAGGACAAGUAGGUGGGAGAUGGGAGGGAAGAAGGUUGGUACUCCUAGCAAUGGUAACCGAUAGUUACUGUACGGUGUUGGGGAAAGGGCUGUUAUGUUCAGUGAGAAGAAUUGGUGAAGUUCUGCCCUCCUGCACCACAGAACGAAAUAUAGUUGAGGCACCACGUGAGGAAUUUCACCCGAUCACCAUCCUCUCAGAGAACUAAUUCCACAGAUAAUGCAGAUUUUUAAAAAACUUCAAUUUUAUAUUCGUCUGUAGUUACCAAGAACCAAAAUGCUUAAAAGUGUUCUCUAAACCCAAAGCCACGUGUCUUUUCUCUCGGAGCACUCGCCAAAUUUCCAGCUCCCUUCACGUCACGAGAGACCGAGGAGCGGUCGGAGGACCAGCGCCCUCUGUCUGUCCAGCGUCACUUCUUGCACCUUCCCGCCCAAUCGUAAACCUCCUUGGUACGCGUGAUGCACUCCGGGUAAGGGGAGCCGCCAUAUUACUUCCGCAGAUUCGUCAGAAAGUGAAAAAUAUUUUUAAAAAAUAUAAUACAAUGACACCUCUUCGAGUAACGUCUAAAUGUAAUUAGAAUUAAAAUAUCACGUAUUUAUAUCUAAACUCAUGGAUCAUCGGACUCCGGAGCUGGUUUCAAUCUUCAUGUGCAAGCUCUGCAAUUUGUUUUCCCCAUGUCAAGAUGAGCUGUUAACUCACUUCUCUGAGAAGCAUGCGGAUGAAGGCCAUGCACCAGGUGAUGUCAUUGUCCCAUUACGACCUCUUCCAGCAUCGGAGAAGCCUGUGAGAACUGAAGAAGUCACAGUAGCUGCAAAGAGAAAAAGAGGAAGACCCAAAGGGUCAAAGAAGAAAUUCUAUGCUGAAGCAGAGGAGUCGGGAGAUGCCAGUAACUGCGGCCUCAGUACAGAGGGCAAACCUGACCAAGACGAGGAAGACUUGGAAGAAUCAGACAGCUUGGAUUGUCGGAAGUGCAGUCGGAAAUUCUCAAAUAGGAGGCAGCUGCGGAAGCAUCGUUGCUUUGUUGUAUUGAAGGAUGAUGGAGGGGAAGAGGAUGAAACAGAAGAUGAUAAAAUGGACCCUGAAGCAGAACUGAAUGAGGAAAGAGAGAGGGCGAUUAAGAGACCACGUUGGCAAAAAACCGAAAAGUUGACAUAUAAGGAUGCUGAUCAAAACGGAGGAGGAAAGAAACCAAUUAUCAGUGUGGUUCUCACAGCACAUGAAGCUAUCCCAGGUGCCACUAAAAUUAUUCCCAUCGAGGCCACUCCAGCUGAGAAAACUCCAGCAGCUGAGCCUGAAAGUAUUGGUCAAGAAUCAGCUCUGCGAAAGGGUUACCAGGAAUAUGCUAUCCAACAGGCACCAUUGGAGUUGGCCCAGAAUUCUUUCAGACAAGGGACAACCCAGCUGAAGAUAUUUACCUGUGAAUACUGCAAUAAAGUUUUCAAAUUUAAGCAUUCACUUCAAGCUCACCUCAGAAUUCAUACUAAUGAGAAGCCUUAUAAAUGUUUGCAGUGUGACUAUGCAAGUACUAUCAAGGCCAACCUUAUAGUUCAUAUGCGGAAGCACACAGGAGAAAAGUUCAGCUGUGACUACUGUGCCUUUACUUGUCUAAGCAAAGGGCAUCUAAAAGUGCACAUCGAGCGGGUGCACAAAAAGAUCAAGCAGCAUUGCCGCUUUUGCAAAAAAAAGUACUCUGAUAUCAAGAACCUCCUCAAGCACAUCCGGGAGAGCCAUGACAUGGAUGAGGAGAAAGUCAAGGAGGUCUAUGAUGAGCUGCGCCUUUUGACUAGGGAGGGAAAGCGGCAGCUGCUCUAUGACUGUCACGUGUGCGAGCGUAAGUUUAAAAAUGAAUCGGACCGCGACCGGCACAUGCUUGUCCAUGGCGAUGACCGCCCAUUCGCCUGUGAGCUCUGUGACCAUGGAGCCACUAAGUACCAUUCACUGGAAACACACGUACGCAAGCACAAAUUUAUCUACAUUUGUUCUGUGUGCACAAAGAAAUUUGUUAGCUCAGUCAAGUUAAAGUCUCAUGUAAAGGAGGUCCACAGCGACUUGGGGGAAGAUUCAGUAUUUAAUAACUCCAUUAAUCAGAGCUUCUAUCUCCUGGAACCAGGAGGUGACAUUCAACCAGAAGCCUUGGAGGAUUCUUCUGGGAGUACAGGCUUCAAUGGCUCUGACCAUGAUUCACAAGGGCACCAGGUCCUUAUUGAACUUGAAAACGGAGGAGCUCAUAUUCCAUUAGAGAGUCUUAGUCAGCAUGAAGAAGUUCUAAAUAACCCUUCAUUUCACACUGGGACAAUCCAGCAUAAUACCGUUUCUUUGGAAGAAGGAAAUAUACCUUUAACUAAUGAGCAGAGAUCUUUGGACAGGUGUGGAGAGGAAGUCUUGUCAGCUUUACCUGUCAGCAGUGAUAAUGUAGUAGAUUCUGAAAGCAUAGAAACAAACCACAUGUCUAAUUCUGUAGACCAGGAGGGUGCUGACUCCCUCAAAAUAUGUGGAUCGUGUGAGGUCCAAAAUGAAGACCCUUUUGAAAUGGUUCACCUUGAUGAUGGUGUUAAAGAAAUUCCGUUAUCAACAGAAGCUCAAAAGGAUGAUGUGGACUCUGGAGCUUUCCAACAAGUUCUUGACAGCUUACAGAAGAGACAACUGAAUGUCAGCCUAUUUGAGAAGAUCAGGAAAGUCUAUGGGGACCUGGAGUGUGGAUACUGUGGAAAGUUAUACUGGUACCAGGUCCACUAUGACAUGCAUAUUCGGACGCACACGAGGGAGCAUCUUUACUACUGUUCUCAGUGCAGUUACUCCUCCAUCACCAAGAACUGUCUCAAGCGCCAUGUUGUGCAGAAGCACAGCAACAUUCAGCUGAGGUGCCCGGCCGAGGGAUGCCGCUACACCACUGCGGACAAGUACAAACUGCAGGCACACCAGAAGAACCACGGUGAGCUGGAUAAGAAAACAUACAAUUGUCCUGUCUGUGAGAAAUCCUUUACGGAUGAUCGACUAAUCAAAUGUCACAUCACCACGUAUCACCCAGAAGUUCCCAUGAGCACCAUCUCUGAAAUUCUGGGAAAACGGGUACAACUUAAAGGACUGAUUGGAAAACGAGCAGUAAAAUGUCCUUACUGUGACUGCUAUUUUCGGAAGAAUGGCACUGACCUGCAGCGCCAUAUUUGGGCCCACGAAGGACUGAAGCCCUUCAAAUGUUCAAUUUGUGAGUAUGCCACACGUAGCAAGAGCAACCUGAGAGCCCACAUGAAUCGUCACAGCACUGAGAAAACCCACCUCUGCGACCUGUGCGGAAAGAAAUUCAAAUCCAAAGGCAGCCUUAAGAGUCAUAAGCUGUUGCAUACUGCUGAUGGUAAACAGUUUAAGUGUACAGUGUGUGACUACACCGCUGCCCAAAAACCAAACCUUCUUCGGCAUAUGGAGCAACAUGCUGCCUUUAAGCCUUUCCGAUGUGCACUCUGCCACUACUCCUGUAACAUGGCUGGAUCACUGAAGAGACAUUACCACAAAAAGCACCCCAAUGAUGAAUAUGUCAAUGCUGGGACUGGUGUGCUAGCUCAGGAGAGUGUGGCGCAACAAGGUGGUGUAAAGUGUCCGGUCUGCAGUUUUGUUUAUGGUACCAAAUGGGAGCUGAACAGACACCUGAAAAACAAACAUGGAUUGAAGAUUGUGGGCAGCAUAGAAGGAGAAGCCAUAGAACAGGUUCUCGAAGCUCCUGCAGAGCAGACUCAAACACAGUACUUUCACAUAGCAGAGAGUGAAGAGGAUGUGCAAGGAGCCCAAGCAGCUGUGGCAGCUCUUCAAGACUUGCGGUACAAUACAGAGAAUGGAGAUCGGAUGGAUUCAACGGCUGUGAACAUACUCCAACAGAUCAUCGGUUUAGCUCCUGAGCACCACGAUGCUGCUGUGGCUUCAGUAGUUACCAUGGCCCCUGGUACAUUAACAGUAGUAGAACAAGCUGAAGAUGAAGCAGCAGGCAACCAUACGGUGAUGAUUCAGCAGGCCUUGGAACAGGCCUCAGUGGAGCUUGGAGAAGGACAUCAUCUUGUCGAGCAAGUGGUGGUCUCCUCUGAUGAUGUGGAAGGGAUUGAGACUGUAACUGUUUAUACUCAGGGUGAAGAGACAUCUGAAUUCAUUGUUUACGUGCAAGAAGCUGUGCAAUCAGAGGAGCAGGCAAUGGGAAAAAAAAUUGAGGAAGUAUGACCGCUUCUGUAACCUUCAGCCAGAUCUUUAACUAGCUGGAACAAGCAGUCAAGAGGUUCUAUGUUUCUGGUUUGCAUUUGUUUAAAAUGGCAAUAUCCAUGUAUUUAAUGAACACUGUUCAGCUGAAGAGUGGCAGAAAAUUACCAAAUAUCAAUGCUUUUGAAGAAGUAAUGGUUUGGGAUAAGUUUCCUUUGGUUUCUUCACAUUUUUAAUUUGUUGGUUCCUUUUGCCAGCCCCCACACCUCAUUCCUUCAAGCUUUACUGAUCCAUGAUUCUCUUUAAAAUGAUCAGGAAUAAUGAAAUGGCCCAAAUCCAGGGAUAUUGCCAAGGUUACCACCCAAGGUUGGCUACCCAGGAAGAUUCAUUUAGGCAGCCGGGGUGGAGGAGGGCAUUAUAGUUUACCAUACACCUCAUCAUGUACAGGCAGUGUGAUGUGAGAGGGGAAAACCCAAAAUGGAGAAGCUCAGGAAAGCCAAGGCUUUGGAACACCUCACAGUUUUGAUUUUUCUUGCAGUGUUUUGUUUAAACAAAAUCAUUCAGCUUGGUGUCCUGUGGCGGAUAAGUCUAAUAGACUUACAGAUUAAAAAAAUAAAGUGGAGUGCAGGAAUAUUUUUAAUUUAUUCAAUGUUAACAGUAACUUGACCUACUUUGAAAUGUUAAAUAUCCUAAACAACAGUGAGACUGUUCUAGGUCAGGUGUGAGCACGAGUUAAACUGAUUAAUAUUCUAUGCCGUUGGUGUGAAGCAAAUCUUAGCACAUCUGGCACACUUGAUAAAUAGCCUAUUUUUGAAUUUUGUGGAGAAAUUGACGUUAAAUAUGCAUAAAUGUGUAACAAUGCAUGAAUUUAAUUCAAAACUUGCAAAUGCUGGAAUUCUGAAAUAAAACCAAAACUCCUGGAAAAACUGAGUAGAAUUUAUCAGAUUUUUGAUGUUGAUCCUUGGACAAAUUCAGAAAGUGGGAGUUUAGCCUGUUUCUUUAUUAAUGAAAACAAUAUUGUGAUGGAGAU